GUAGCUUUUUUUCCCCCCCUCUCGCCCGGACUGUGUGCAGUUGCGCGUUUGAAAGUGACAAAUCCAGUGUCGCGAUCGGGUGACUACCAUUAUUUCUCAAGGACGUGCAACUGCCCAUGACCACUGAACGUAUUGCUUCUAAGUUCUAACUGUGUGCGCGGACGGUGCCAAUGGCGGCUAUUGUUAGCAGCGUUAGCCCUGCGAGCAAAAUGUUUAGGACGUGUUUCCACGCUGCUUGUGGAGCGGCGGCACUGAAUGCGUCGAGGCUCCCUCAACACAGAGCCUUUCGACUCAAUGCAAUGCAUAGACAGCAGCCAUUUGACUCAACGCUGGAGAAGCCUCAGUUUCCUGGUGCCUCUGCGGAGUUUGUGGACCAGCUGGAGUUCAUCGAGCCCAAUGUCAUCUCGGGCAUCCCGGUGUACCGGGUGAUGGACCGCCAGGGCAACAUCAUCAACCCUUCUCAAGACCCUCAGCUCCCCAAAGACACAGUUCUGAACUUUUAUCAAAAGAUGACCCUGCUGAACACAAUGGACCGCAUUCUUUAUGAAUCCCAGAGACAGGGGAGGAUUUCUUUCUACAUGACCAACUACGGCGAGGAAGGCACACACAUCGGCAGCGCUGCCGCUCUUGAGCCAAACGACAUGGUCUUCGGCCAAUACAGAGAAGCUGGUGUGCUGAUGUAUCGUGGCUUCCCCCUGGACUCCUUCAUGGCUCAAUGCUAUGCUAACACCGACGACCUGGGCAAAGGGCGUCAGAUGCCCGUCCACUACGGUUCACGGGACCUCAACUUUGUCACCAUCUCAUCACCGCUGGCCACGCAGAUCCCACAAGCGGUGGGAGCAGCGUACGCCAUCAAGCGGGAGAACAUCAACCGAGCUGUGAUUUGUUACUUUGGUGAGGGAGCGGCCAGCGAGGGCGACGCCCACGCCGGCUUUAACUUCUCGGCCACAUUGGAAUGCCCGCUCAUCUUCUUUUGCCGCAACAACGGAUACGCCAUCUCCACCCCAACCAACGAGCAGUACAGGGGCGACGGCAUCGCUGCUCGCGGUCCCGGCUAUGGCAUGCUAUCCAUCCGCGUGGAUGGCAACGACGUCUUCGCCGUGUACAACGUCACCAAGGAGGCUCGGCGCAGAGCCGUCGCCGAGAACCAGCCCUUCCUCAUUGAGGCCAUGACGUAUAGGAUCGGCCACCACAGUACCAGCGACGACAGCUCAGCGUACCGCUCGGUGGACGAAGUCAACUACUGGGACAAGCAGGACCACCCUAUCUCGCGCCUACGCCACUACAUGGCGUCACGGGGCUGGUGGAGCGAGGACGAUGAGCGCGCCUGGCGCAAGCAGUCACGCAAGACCGUCAUGGAGGUCUUCGAACGGGCCGAGAAGCGCCUAAAACCCAACCCGGAGCUGCUGUUCACCGACGUCUACGAGGAGAUGACGCCCGCCCUCAACAAGCAGCGUGAGUCGCUCUUCAGGCACGUGCAACAAUACAAGGAGCACUACCCCUUGGACCUCUACGACAAAGACUCUCACUAAAUCAUUUAUACCAGGAGUUCUCAAACUGGGGAAUCCGGAGUAUAUGACCCGUAGCUUGGGGAUCUGCAAAAAAAAUUGUAAUCAGUUUUCAUAACCUUUCAAAAAAAAGUGAAUUCCUAAAUAUCAGUAGCCUGAUAGCAUACGUUGCCUAAGUCAUUAAUAAGUUACUGUAUCAAUAAAAACAACAUUGUGCUUGCGAAAAAUGUUUUUAUUCUUUGUAGAGCAAAUGGGCUGUUCAUUUGGUCAAUGUUUUUUCUUGUUUUCCCGAAACUGUUCAAGUUUGACUUAGGCAACUACAGACACUUUCCCCAAAAUUUGCCUAUGAUGGAAAAAUGUAUUUAUUUCACGAAUUCAAUUCAAAAAGUUAAACUUUUAUAGAUUCAGGUCCCACAAUUUAAACAAUUUUAAGUACCUUAAUUUCUCAUGUAUAAUGCGCACCCAUGUAUAAUACGCACCCCCAAAGUUGACCUCAAACUCCUGGAAAACCCUUCUACCCAUCUAUAAUGCAUUUUUACAAUGCACGAUUUUGCUUCUACCCAUAUGAUUAAAACGAAGUAUUAUCCGAAUUUUCUUAGUUUUUUUCAAAGAAUGAUUCUGUAGUUAAGCACUUUAUUUGAACCCGUAAUCCUUUUUUUAAUUUACUUGCUCUUCUUUUGAAAUUCACAGCCCUACGUUUAUUUAGUAAAUUAAAAAACAAAGUUGUGCUCAUAUGUUCGAUUACCCCGGCAGAAUUUGUAAGAUAGUACAAUUCUUGAAAGAAACGAAGGACCAGGCGAAACACAUUUAAUUUUUAAUUUAAUGGGAUUCAAAUUAAACAGUCAAGCAUUUCAGAAAAGCAUUAUCAUUCAACAAAAAUAACCAUAAAUAAAUUAAUGAUGGUUGUUGUUCAGUCAUCAGUCAUAUUUUAAAAAAUAAAAUAAAAUUUUCACAAAUUCUGCCAGGGUAUGUACAUUUAUGAGCAGAACUGUACAUAUAUGCAGUCAUACGUACCCGUGUCAUAUUGGAAUGAAAGUGUAGGCGACACCUUUUUUUAUAACCACUAGGUGGCGGUGUCAUUUUGGAAUGAAAGUGUACAGCUUUUUCAUAACCACUAGAUGGCGGCAUACAUUUAUAAAAUGUGAAUGAUUUUUCCAUUUGCCCCUAUACCUAUGUAUAAUGCACACUAUUGACUUUUGACAAUUGGGGGGUGGGGGGUGCGCAUUAUACACGAGAAAUUACGGUAUUUAUUUUCACAUAAUUUGGGAGUCCAGCUCAUAAAACCCACAAAAUCUGGAAUAAAAAAAAUGUGUACACUGUGAAGAAAUCAGCCCAAAUUUUGCAGGCCAUAAAUGUUUUAAACCGAGUGUCACACACUAAUCCUCUACUAAACUCAAAGCACCUGCACAGGUUUCUGCAGGUAUUAUUCAAUUGCUUCAAUUUGGUUCAAUAUGGGGAAGACUGUAGACUUGACAACUGGCCAGAAGACCAUCAUUAAUGAUAGGUCAGCCACAAAAGUUCAUAGCUUGGGAGGCUGGCUGUUCACAUAGUGCAUAUCAAGCAGAUCAAUGGAAAGUCUAGUGGAAGGACAAAAUGUGGCGGGUGAAGAUGCACCAACAAGAGACAUGACCGUGGGCUUCAGCGUAUUAUCAACCAGAGAACAUUCAAGAAUCUAGCAGAGAUCCAGAAAGAGUGGAAUGAGUCACAGCUUCAAAAACCACCACAUUCAGACGCAUCCGGGAGAUGGGCUACAACUGUCGGGUUCCUUGGGUCAAGAACUUGUGAGCCUGAGCGUCUCAACUAGGCCAAGGAGAAGAAGGACUGAAUUGUUGGCCGGUGGUCCAAGGUCUUCUUUUCCAAUGAAAGUAAAGUGUGUCAUUCAUUCGUAAAUCAAGCUCCAAGGGUCUGGAGGAAGACGGGUGAAGAACAGAACCCAAGCUGCUUGAGCUCCAGUGUGAAAUAUCCAGUCAUGGGUGUGAAAUAUCCAGACAUGGGACGUAAAAAGUUAGGAAAAGAACAUAUUUCAUAGAUUUAUUCAAUAAAUAAGACAUGACUGUGAUCUAUUUGGACAUUUGAACGAUCUUACAUAGUGAAGUCAGAAACAAAUAUUGGAAAUGGAUAAACAUUGCGUCUGUAUGAAGCACCCGUAAAAUUUCCUUUUCCACAGUAACUUGAAUAAAAUUAAGUCUAAAAUUAGAUUCAAUUAGAUAUAAUAAUAUAGGUUAAAAUAAAUGCAACAAGACAAAAGAAUUAGCUCAUGAAUUUAUUAAGAAUUGUCCCACAAUGAAGUCAGUUUUUCGGUAAGAGAUAUUGACAGAAUCAUAUUACAUCCAUGUGAAGCACCUGCAAAAUAUCUGCUGUAAUUUUCUGUUCACUGGAUCAUUGAAUACCAAUUAAAGUUCGUUGAAAGAGACAUGGCAAUGAUGAUGCAUUUUAUAUAAAUUAUGUAAAAGUCUGCAGAUAUUAUUAUAUUUAAAAAUAUAAGUACAAUGAAACCUCAACUGGCAUUCAGUAUAAAAAUGAUGAGUUCUUUUUUUUUUUCUUCCCAAAACCAUCCUUAUCAAAAUUAAACAUGGGGUAUGAGAGUUAUUGCUUGAUAUGAAACAUAAAAUCAAUGAAUUAGCUAUAAAUAAAAACAAUUGUAGGUGAUGCCCCUUCUCUGUAUUCAAUCUUAAGUACAAAACAGAGAGCUGUACAUCUUUGGAACAUUAAUAAUACAUUCAGUGAAUUUCAUUUCAAUAUGAUACCUAUUAUCACGCUAGACAUGCCAUAACUGUUCCUGUAGACUAUGUUACAGUGUACAAAACAAUAAGGUUAUGGUUGUUUAAUCUUAGAGGAAAGUUCACCAAUAUGUGUGUGAAAUGGCCCUGGUCUGCUCAAGACAGUUUCUUCGCUAAACCGGAAGUCAAAAAAAUGAAGACUUGUGUGAAAAAUAUUGGCGCUGACCAGUGACGUCAACCACACGGUUAACUUUGACGGUGGCGUUAACCAACGACGUGACUAACCAUGUUUUGAACAACGCAUAUUUAACAGUCGGUUAGCUAACGGUUGGUUAAGAAUUUAACCGGUGGUUAGGGGUGGUUAAAAUAACCGAGUUUUGAACAACCAGGCCCAGAAUGUUUUCGAGGACUUCAUGAUUCCUUCUGCUGAGGAUCUGUAUGGAGAUGCAGAUUUCAUCUUCCUGCUCAUACCGCCAGAAGCACCAAAACCUGCUUUGAUGCCCAUGCCAUCACAGUGCUUGACUGGCCAGAUCUAAACCCCAUUGAGAAUCUAUGGGGUAUUGUCAAGAGGAAAAUGAGGGGCCACCAGACCCAAAAACAAAGAACUGACAGCAAGCAUCAAGGAAAUCUGGGCUUCCAUAACUCCCAGGCAAUGCCACAGGCUGAUUGCCUCAAUGCCACGGUGCAUCCAGGCAGUGAUUAAAGCAAAGGGAUUCCCAACCAAGUAUUAAGUAUUAAAUAAGAUUAACAUAUUGUUUUGAAAGUACCAUAUUUUGAUUGAUUUAAUGUGACACUGAUUUCUUUUUCCCCCCCUACAAAAACAGGAGUAAAUGGUGAUUUCUUCACAGUAUUCUAAUUUUUUUAAUUCCUGAUUUCGUGGGUUUUAUGAGCUGUAAACCCAAAUUAUGUAGAAAUAAAUAAAUACUUGAAAUUGUGGGCCCCGAAUCUAUGAAAGUUUAACUUUUUGAAUGGAAUUAUGGAAAUAAACUUUUCCAUAAUAUUCAGAUUUCUGUUUGGAAAGGGUCUAUAUGAUAUAAGACUUAUAUGGGUAACUUAAACCAGUUUCUCCUCCCUAACUUGGCUUUAGGCCAAGUCAAAGCUCUGCUAUGAUAAUGACAUGUCACUGCAUAACUCUGACCUCCCUGUAUGAAAAACGUUUAACAAAAGGUGUUUUGUUACAUGAAUCGUCUUUUUUCAAGAACAAAUGGCCUUUUUUGUUUUUAAAUAAAUGCGUCUUUUCCAGAACAAGUCGUAAAAUGUCAAACCAAAAACUUUUUCUUUUCUUCAAAAUUUACUUGUUAAAAUGACUCUUCGUCAAACUGAGUCAAGUAGCACAAAAUUACGAAUAUCUUGAAAGAAUAAAACUUGUGACUUUUUAUACCGACAAAAAAAAUGCCUUUGUUCUUGUAAAAUAAAAUUUCUUUUUUUAAGUAUGACUUUGUUAUUGUAACAACUUUUUUUCCACUCAAAUAAUUCCUUUUAUUAGUAGGUGCCUUUCAGGGCACUCAAGGCCACCGUAAAAUAGGAGACUUCUUAAUUCUUAUGUCAUUUAGGGGUACACGUCACUAGCCUAAUCUCAUGUUAUUUUUAACUUGCUGUCACAAUAUCAAAUAAUACCAAUGUGGUUGUCAAAAAACAAGGUAAUCGGCACAGGUUGAAUUAUUCUUCUUUUUUUCCCCCCUUUUAACCAUUCAAAUAUGGCUGAAGCAACUAUGCUUUUAGGCCAACCACAUUUUGUUGUAGUUAUGUUAGGAUUAUAAAGGGCUCCUUGGAAAAUUAUAUCCCCAGUACGUGGUCACUAGACCCAGACGGUUUGAGAACGCCUGCUUUAUACUGACGCACAACAAUGUAGUUUUGAUGAGGAUUGUGUGUUUUUAUAGAUGUUCUCCUGCUUGGUGCCUUACGGUUAGCAUACUUCCUUGUCAUAUAUCACGAACUGUAAACAGAAGGAUACGAGUGGACGCCGUGCGAAUAACGAAGUUGAAUAUGUUACAUGUAUCCUCGUCUGGUUUAUGUAAUGGUUUUUAGUGGGUUGUAUGAAACUCAUCGAUAGCACAACGAUGUAGCUUCUUUCUUGCCCUGUGUUUUGUGAACAAAAUAAAAACAUCCAACUUGAAA